AUGAGGAUUGUCGACGAAGGAAGUGCAAAUGUUGAUGGUCCUCAAGUUAAUUUUGAUAUAGCAAAAGGCAAAGACAAUAUCACUGCAUACAAGAGAAGUAUUGUUGUGUAUGGAAGGUCUGACUACAGUAAAAAAGUUGAACAUCACUAUGGUUGCUAUGAUCCUUUGUCUUAUCCUUUGUUUUUUCCCAACGAUGAGUCUGGAUGGCAUGCUAGAAUACCCAGACAUGGGGUGUGCAUUGAUGAAAUUGUUAAUGACAACGAAAUCUUCGACGAGGAUCAUGAAGGCGGAAGAUUAUUUCAACAGUUCGUGGUAGAUAUGUACAUCAAGAUAGAGACUACACGUUUGUCUUUUAUUGAAAGGAAUCAAACGAAGAUAAGAUCAGACUUAUACCAAGGUGUUGUGGAUUGCGUCAAUGCCAGUGAGGUUCAACCAAGUAGAAUUGGACAACGGGUUGUGCUUCCUGCAAGUUUUAUCGGAGGUCCACGUGAUAUGCGAAGAAGAUUUAUGGAUGUUAUGACUUUAGUUCAAGAUGACAGGAAGCCCGAUAUAUUCCUUACCAUGACGUGUAAUCCGAAGUGGUCUGAAAUCCUUAAAGAGUUAUUGCCUGGUCAAACCGCACAAGAUAGGCCGGACCUUGUUGCAAGAGUUUUUUGUGCCAAAUUAGAGGAUCUUAAAAAUCAACUCUUCAAGGAUCACAUCAUCGGUGAGGUUGGGGUAUAUGUUUAUGUCAUCGAGUUUCAAAAACGUGGUUUGCCACAUGCACAUAUCCUCAUGAUAAUGAAACCGGAACACAAGAUUACAAACCCAGACCAUUACGACAAGAUAGUUUGUGCUGAAAUCCCGGACCCGACAAAGUAUCCUGAAAUGCACGAGCUGGUGAUAAAGCACAUGAUGCAUGGUCUUUGCGGCCACUUACGACCGUCUAGCCCUUGUAUGGAAGGUGAGCCGAGAAAAUGUCGUUUUAGAUAUCCUCAGCAAUUCAACAACAAGACGGUGCAGACAGAUAACUCAUAUCCGAUGUAUCGAAGGAGAAACAAUGGAAUAAAGGUGAACGUCCGGGGUAAUAUCCUUGAUAAUAGAUGGGUGGUCCCAUAUAAUCCAAAGUUGCUAAUGAUGUUCAACUGUCACAUCAAUGUUGAGGUUUGCUCAAGUAUAAUAUCUGUGAAUUAUGUGUUCAAAUAUGUUUACAAGGGUCAUGACAAACAGGUUAUUCAUGUCGAUCCUGAUACAGAAGAGGUCAUUGUCAACGAGAUAAAGAGAUUUCAUGAUGCACGAUAUGUUUCGCCACCUGAGUUUCCCAAUGCUCUUAGACGAUUAUUCACGACGAUCUUGAUUUAUUGUGAGCCGGGAGAUGUUCGCAAGUUAUGGGAUGAACAUUAUGAUUCACUCUCUGAAGAUUAUAGACGAGACUACGAAAAUGUUGAGGGAGUUCGAAAUAUGGUUCUUACAGACAUCGCCGUCUUUUUACAAUCUAUGGGUAAGAACCUCGAUGAUUUUGAUCUUCCAAGUUUAAAUGCAGCUGUCAAUUUAGAAUCACGAGGAUUUCGUGAGGUACAAGAGGAGUACUCCAUAAUUGUGCAAGACGAAGACUUAAAUGCUCGAAACUCUCUAAAUUCCGACCAGAAACAUGCAUUUGAUGAGAUCAUGACGCAUGUAGAUAAUGAUUGUCUAGCUGUGUUUUUUGUAGAUGGAUCGGGUGGAACUGGGAAAACAUUUUUGUAUAGAGCUUUGCUAGCUAAUGUUCGUUCCCGUGGAUUUAUUGCUCUCGCAACCGUUUCAUCUGGUGCUGCCGCUAAUAACAUGCCAGGGGGGAGAACAUCUCACUCUCGAUUCAAGAUUCCCCUUACUCUUAGUAAUAAUUCGGUGUGCAAUAUAAAAAAACAAAGCGGAACUGCUCAACUGCUUCGAGUCGCAAAAAUAAUCAUCUGGGAUGAAACAUUAAUGGCAAAGAGACAGGCAGUAGAGGCACUCGAUAGAACAAUGCAAGACAUCACUGUGGUGAGACUUCCAUUUGGUGGGAAAAUAAUGAUUAUGGGAGGUGAUUUUAGACAGGUGUUGCCAGUAAUGAGACAUGGCACUCGAGCACAGAUCGUAGACUCAAGCUUACGGAUGUCACUUAUUUGGUCUUCGAUUAAAAAGUUGCAAUUAACGAUCAAUAUGAGAGCACUUACUAAUCCAUGGUUUUCGGAUUUUCUGUUACGUGUCGGUGAUGGAGAUGAAGAAUCAGUAGACGGAAACUUUAUUCGCAUACCUGAUGACAUGGCCAUUCCUUACACAAAUAAAAAUGAAUCGAAGGAUGUUUUGAUUGAUGCAAUCUUUCCUUCUCUUCAAACCUGCGAGACUGCGUCAGAUUAUAUCAUUUCAAGGGCGAUACUAACAACAAAAAAUGAGCAUGUCGACGAGAUUAAUGAUCAGUUGAUUGAAAGAUUCUGUGGAGAGGAAAAAAUUUACUACAGUUUUGAUGAAGCAGAAGAUGACAAGAAUAAUUUAUAUCCGAUGGAGUUCUUAAACUCAUUGACUGUUAGCGGUUUGCCCCCUCAUUACCUCCGGCUUAAAAUUGCAUGUCCGAUAAUACUAUUGCGGAAUAUCGACCCCUCAAAUGGAUUGUCUAACGGCACGAGGUUGAUAUGUAGAGGUUUUCAGCAGAAUGCUAUCGAUGCAGAAAUAGCUGUUGGUCAGCAUGCUGGUAAGAGGGUAUUUUUACCAAGAAUUCCUCUAUGUCCGUCUGAAGAUGAUAUGUUUCCCUUUAAAUUAAAGAGAAAACAAUUUCCYGUUCGACUUUGUUUUGCCAUGACAAUCAAUAAAGCUCAAGGACAGACAAUUCCGGUGGUAGGUGUUUAUCUACCGGAAUCGGUAUUCUCGCACGGCCAACUUUACGUGGCAUUGUCCAGAGGGAUAUCACGUGAUAAUACGAAGGUAUUAGUGAAACCUACCAAAAAGUUCAACCAGGAAGGAGUCUACACAUCAAAUGUGGUGUAUCAAGAAGUUUUGAAUGAUGAUUGUGUAUGA